AUGAAGGAAACAGCAAGAAUGGGCCCAACCCAAGAAUCUAGAACUUACAGACAUCGUUACGAAUGCAGGAAUGCACUACAACAAGGUAGAGGAGAAGAAGCAAGCAUGGCCAAAGAUAAGAAAAAGCAAAAGGGAAUCCCAAAAAUUGAGAGCACAGAAACUCACAGGAAUAAGUGUGCAGCAUGCUUCAGACAGUUCAACAAACUGGAGCACCUGGUGGAGCAUAUGAGGAUCUCAUACCAUUCGGUUCAUGAGCCAACCUGUAGCAUUUGCAGGAAACACUGCAGGUCAUUUGAGUCUCUAAGGGAACAUCUUAUAGGUCCGUUGCCAAAGCAGGAAUGCAGAGAUAUAUUUGCCUACAAAGGGUGCAAGUUUUGCUUGAAAGUCUUUGACAGCCCUAAUUCCCGCAGGAUCCACCAAGAAAAAUGCCAGCACUCUGGAACAAAUGCUGGAAUAAUUGGUCGCUUUUCAAACUUGGGUCUUCGUGAUAAUUUGACUAUUGGUGGUGGAGCAAGAGGACCACAAGUAGUUGCAUUAGCAUGUAAAAUGGUUGGAGGUGGCAGUGAUGGCUCACUGGAUCUUUGUGCAAGAGUGUGCUUAAUCGAUGAGCAUGAGAACAUAAUAUUCCAUUCUUAUGUGAAGCCACCAAUUCCUGUCACAAACUACAGGUAUGAGACAACAGGCAUUAGACCAGAAUACCUGAGGGAUGCAAUGCCAAUGAGACAAGUUCAAAGGAAGAUUCAAGACUUUCUUUGCAAUGGUGAACCAAUGUGGACAAUUCGAACGAGGGGAGGAAGAGCAAGGAUUCUUGUGGGUCAUGGUUUGGAUCAUGACCUUGAAUGCUUACAAAUAGAAUAUCGAUCAGAAAAAAUAAGGGACACUGCAAAAUACCCUCCACUGAUGAAAACGAGCAAGCUCAGCAACUCACUCAAGUAUGACAUUCAAGUUGGAAUUCAGGAUCCUUAUGAUGACUGUGUUGCAACCCUGAGGCUCUACAUGAGAAUGAAAUCCCAAGUACAUAGAACACAGGAUUACCCUUUGGCUUCUGACCCCCAGAACAGGAACAAUUUUGCUUCAUGGAGGCAAAGUGAGCUUGAAAGAAUGACUCCUGAACAAAUGCUGGAAACAUCAAGGUCUGACUACUACUGCUGGUGCUUGGAUUCCUAG